AUGCUGUUCACCGUACAGCUCCUGCCGGAUGGGGAGUCAACACCCUUUGGGAGCUCGAACGUUGUCCAGGAGUCUAAAAGUUUGCUGCUGAACAAUGACAAGCUUCGACACCAAAGUCCGCACCUGGAAAUAGACGAUUUGAGCCUGACUUCGCUUUCCAUUACGAAGGAGGAGGACCAAACACAGAUGGGGUACUCAAUCUCAUUUUCUAUAUAUGGCAAUCCGACUACGGCCACUGUUCAUGCCGACUUGGUUCACAAGGAGCGCCUGAGAUAUUCAAGCUGUUCUAGCAAAGAUACGAAGGAUAUAGGACCUGUCAACAUCAAUCACGGAAGCUCAAUAUAUCUCGGGGAUGUAGUAGCUGUUGCUCGAUAUCGGAAAGUUGUAGGUGUGAAGGACAAAGACGCAGCUAUCCUGCGAGUGACAGCUACCGUCAACGCGCUUAGGGCAAGUCUCAAAGACGGCCACUCGCUUUAUGGUGUCACAACAGGUUUUGGCGGCAGUGCAGACACGAGAACGGGGAACACCUAUGAUCUGCAACGAGCACUCUUACAGCAUCAAAAUAGUGGGAUCCUACCCUCUUCAAUGAAACCAGACCACAUUCUUGCCCAACUUCAGGCUUCACCGCAUGUGACCUUUAUGCCAGAGCAAUGGGUCCGCGGCGCUAUGCUUGUCCGUUGCAAAUCUCUGUUAAAUGGAGACUCGGCCAUUCGUUGGGAGAUGAUAGACGUGCUGAUGACGAUGCUCAACAAAAAUCUAAUUCCUUUAGUACCCCUCCGAGGUUCAAUAUCUGCCUCAGGCGAUCUUCAACCCCUGUCAUACAUUGCUGGCACUAUCGAAGGUAAUCCUGAUAUUUGGGUUUGGGCUGACAACAAUCACCGUAAGCGGGAUCUUAUAUCGGCGAGCUCGGCCCUCAAAAGGGCUGGUUUCAAGCCCCAAAGACUCGGUCCAAAAGAAGGGCUUGCAGUCUUGAACGGGACAGCUUUCUCCACGGCUGUUGGCGCCCUCGCAUUGCAUGACGCACAUCAGCUUGCCCUCCUUUCUCAACUAUUGACCGCCAUGGAUGUUGAAGCACUUUCAGGCGCAGUUGGCAGUUUCGACCCAUUCUUUGCCCAGGUCCGGCCUCACCCUGGCCAAGCAGAGGCCGCGAAGCACAUCCGUCUCCUUCUCUCAGGCUCGCACCUCGCUCGCGACGAAGACGAAUCUGAAAAUGAAGACCGAGAGCUGAAACAAGACCGCUAUUCAAUUCGCACAGCAUCACAGUGGAUUGGCCCUGUUCUUGAAGACCUUUGCCUUGCCCACGGUCAGAUCUCCACCGAAUGCAAUUCCACGACAGACAACCCCCUCAUGGAUCCUUCAAACAGCACAAUGCACCACGGUGGCAACUUUCAAGCCCUUUCCAUCACCUCUGCGAUGGAGAAAACCCGCCAAGGCCUCCAGCUUCUCGGCCGUAUGCUCUUUGCGCAGUGUACCGAACUCAUGAAUCCCGCCACCAAUAACGGACUCCCUCCCAAUCUCGCUGCCGAUGAGCCAAGCACUAGCUACACAUUCAAGGGCUGUGAUAUCAACAUGGCGGCGUACAUGUCCGAAUUAGCCUUCCUCGCAAAUCCAGUCAGCACACAUGUCCAAACGGCGGAAAUGGGCAACCAGGCUCUGAACUCAUUGGCGCUAAUCAGUGCACGGUACACGCAUCAAGCAGUCGAGAUCGUAAUGCAAAUGUGCGCAGUCUACAUCUACGCACUCUGUCAAGCCCUCGACCUCCGAGCCAUCGACAUCGAAUUUCGCAGCAAAGCAAAGCUCUUGAUACACAGCUUCACCAAUGAAGCAUUCAGGUCCGCUUUGCAGAACCCAGAGGACCGAGAAACACUGGGGGACAAAAUAGAAGCGUUCGUCAUGAAGCAACUCCCCUCCACCACAUCCAUGGAUUCUGGCCCCCGUUUCGCCCAUAUUACCGCGCUCGCGCAGUCGACGGUGAUGACGUACCUCUACAGCCUCGCGCACGACAGGCGGGACGAGACCACUGAUCUCGUUGAUAUACUCGGGCAGUUCACUCCUCUCCUCGCCGGGCGCCUUCAGGAACUCUUUGUCAAAAAUCGAGAGGCGUACUUCGUUCACCCGAGCGCUCACCCCUAUCUUGGUCGCGGAUCCGACGGGCUGUAUAUUUAUGUGAGACAUCAGCUGAAUGUACCGUUUCAUAAAGGGCUGGGGGAUUGUCCGACGGCGAAGAAUGGGUUGUUGACUCUGGGCGGGUAUGUGAGCGUGAUUUUUGAGAGUCUGAGGGAGGGCGGGAAGGGCGGGGAGGGGGGAGGGGUUGUUUGA